AUGAGCGAGGGGGACGGAGUCGCUGCAGGGCCUGCACGGCCACCCAGCGCGCCGGUGGUUGCCGUGGGACCGUGCGCUACGUUCAACAUCCAGCCACCGGAGUCCUUUGACUUUUCAAAUCCACAAGAGUGGGACAAAUGGAUCCGGAGAUUCGAAAGAUUUCGCCUGGCAAGUAACCUAAAUGCAAGCUCCGAGGACAAUCAAGUGAACACAUUGAUUUAUUGCAUGGGGGACGAGGCGGAUGAUAUUCUCCGUGGGUUAAAUCUGACGGCCGCUCAAAGACGUACAUACCAGGGAGUGCGCGAGGGAUUACAAGGCUUCUUUGUUGUGAAGAAAAAUGUUAUCUACGAGCGUGCUAAGUUUAACAUGCGCAAGCAGAAAGAAGGGGAGAGUGUGGAUUCGUUUGUCACUGCACUAUAUGCGCUGGCGGAGCAUUGUAGCUACGGGAUGCUACACAAUGAACUGAUCAGAGACAGACUUGUUGUCGGAUUGCAAGACAAGGGGCUGUCUGAACGCAUGCAGUUGGACGCGGAUCUAACCUUGGAUAAAGCCAUAAGAAUGGCACGACAAAGCGAGGAGGUGAAAAGGCAGCAGUCUACUCUCCGAGGGGACACCACCAGAUUAGAGGCAAGUGAUGCAAAGUCUGUUGAUAGAGUGUUCAAGAGCAACUUCAAGUCUGCUAAAAACAAACCUCAAUAUGCUGAUAGCCCAAAGUACAAGCCACACAGUACUCAGUACAGCAAGGACAAGGGCGCACAGUCACUGUGUCAAAAUUGUGGCAGCUCUCCAUCCCAUCCAAAAAGUGACUGUCCUGCUAACGAUGUGAAAUGUCAUGCAUGUGGGAGGAGGGGACAUUACAAGCGUGUGUGCAAGUCCAAAUCAGUGCAUGAAGUUGAAGAGGAUGAGGAGGAAAUCUUCCUCGGCAGUGUCACGGAGGAUGGGGAUCCUUGGAUGGUCAAAAUUGGCAUCCGUGAGAGCAGUGUGACAUUCAAAAUAGACACAGGUGCCGAUGUGACAGUCUUGCCUCACUCAGUGUUCCUAAACACAUACAGAAAUGAUCUACCUAGUCUCAGAAAGGCAACAAAGCCACUCCUGGGACCAGGAAGAAAUCCCCUCGACGUGGUGGGCGUUGCCAGUUUGCUGCUGAGGAGAGGGGAAAAGACAGAGAGGGAGGAUGUGUACAUCGCUCGUCAUGUGCAUACUGCCCUGCUGGGAAGAUCUGUGAGCUGUAGGCUGGGGCUUGUAGCACGCCUAGACAGCGUUACUAUGGAGACAUUAAAGGAGUACUACCCAAAAUUAUGCACCGGGCUCGGAGAAGUGCGGCAGCCAUAUUCCAUCAAGCUGAGUCCAGGGGCAGAACCAUUCUCACUAAAAACACCAAGGAGGAUUCCAUUGCCUUUAAUGGACAAAGUCAAGCAGGAACUGUCCCGCAUGGAACAACUCGGGGUGAUAAGUCGAAUUGAGGAGCCAACAGACUGGUGCGCUGGCAUAGUGGUGGUGCCCAAAAAGACAGGUGCUGUACGUAUAUGUGUCGAUCUCACCAAACUCAACGAGUCAGUGUGUAGGGAAAAGUUCAUCCUGCCAUCAGUAGAGGAAACACUGGGAAUGCUGGCUGGAGCCAACAUUUUUAGUAAGCUGGAUGCAAACAUGGGGUUUUGGCAAAUUCCUUUAACUGCAGAUUCAGCGAAACUGACAACUUUCAUUACACCCUUCGGGCGCUAUUACUUCAGGCGGCUACCGUUUGGCAUAGCAUCCGCCCCAGAACAUUUUCAGAACCGGAUGGUGACGGAGGUCACAGAAGGGCUUGAGGGCGUUGUUUGCCACAUGGACGAUGUGCUGGUGUGGGGCCGAACACAAAAGGAGCAUGAUGCUCGCCUGCAUGCCACACUAGAAAAGAUCCAAAAGGCAGGCAUCACUCUGAAUGUCGAUAAGUGCGAUCUGUCAAAGUCAGAGGUGACUUUUCUAGGCCACGUGCUCUCCACCAGUGGCAUCAGCCCAGACCCAAGCAAAACAGAAGCUGUAAGGAAGAUGCAGGAGCCAACAACUGUGACUGAGUUGAGAAGUUUUCUUGGAAUGAUAAAUCAACUUGGGAAGUUUGUGCCGCAGCUGGCCGAGAGAGACAAGCCUCUGCGAGAUCUCCUGUCAAAAAAGAACUGCUGGGUGUGGGGCGUCGACCAGGCAAGGGCCUUCCAGGAUCUAAAGGAUGCACUGACGUCUACACCAGUGCUAGCCAUGUAUGAUCCCAACAGAGAGUGCAAAGUCUCAGCAGACGCGUCGUCGUACGGGUUGGGAGGCGUACUGCUACAAAAGUGGGAAGAAGAGUGGAGGCCAGUGGCCUACAUGUCGCGGUCUCUCACACCAACAGAGCAGAGAUACGCGCAAGUAGAGAAGGAAGCUUUGGGGCUGACCUGGGCCUGUGAGAGGUUCCGCAACUUCCUCAUCGGGAAACAUUUCCAGAUGGAGACGGACCACAAGCCUCUCCUGAGUCUUCUUGGGUCUCAAGCACUGGAUGCUCUACCUCCACGGAUCCAACGCUUCAGAAUGCGUCUGAUGCGCUAUUCUUAUUCUAUCUCUCAUGUGCCAGGGAAGUGCCUGUGGACAGCUGAUACGCUGUCACGAGCUCCUGUCAAGAGAGAGGAGACAGCAGCGGACAAAGAGCUGUUUGAAGAAACCAACAUCUAUGCGGACAUGGUACUGGAGAACCUACCUGCAAGCGCUGACUACCUGGAGGAGCUGAGAGAGCAGCUGCAGAGAGACAGUGUGUGUGCACAGGUGAUGCAGCUGUGUGCUGAAGGCUGGCCAGCACACGGUUCCAAAGAACCAGCACUCAGGCUGUACUGGGCAGAGCAGGCGUUCCUUACAGUUCAAGAUGGUGUCCUGCUGAAGGGACACAGGCUCGUCAUCCCUUCUACAAUGAGAAAUUAUGUUCUCGCCAAAUUGCAUGAAGGACACCAAGGCGUGGUGAAGUGUAGACAGCGGGCACGACAGUCAGUAUGGUGGCCCGGGCUUAGCCAGCAGCUGAAUGAAUUGGUUCUCAACUGCCGAACAUGCUGUAAGGAGAGACAGAACCACAGGGAGCCGCUGAUGCCGUCACCAUACCCAGGCCGACCAUGGGAGAAGUUAGGAGCUGAUUUGUUCAUGCUCGGUACCAAGACCUACCUGCUGGUAGUGGACUACAUGUCAAGGUAUGUGGAGAUUGCUUUGCUGACCUCCACAAGAUCAAACGAUGUAAUCCACCACCUAAAAUCGAUCUAUGCACGUCACGGAAUCCCGGAUGUUCUCGUGUCGGAUGGUGGGCCCCAGUUCUCCGGAGCAGGCUUUGCCGAGUUCGCAGAGUCUUACGGAUUCCGUCACAUUACCAGUAGCCCAAGAUACCCUCAAGGGCUACUCCUCUCGACAAUGGGUAUAGUCCAGCGCAGCUUCUCAUGGGGAGGAGGCUCCGCACAACAGUGCCUAUCCUUCCUGUUUUGCUAAAUCCUGCUCUUCCUGAUAGUGAAGCUGUUAUGCGGAAAGAAGGGGAGAAGAGGACAAAAGAUGCACAACGCUACAACCUGCGGCAUCGUGCAAUGAACCUUGACAGACUGAAUCCGGGACAGGACGUGUGGAUCAAGGACCAAAAGAAAGCCGGAGCUAUCAUCGGACGUCACACCACUCCACGAUCGUAUCUGGUGGAAGGACCCCAUGGGUCUAUCAGACGGAACCGUCGUCAUCUCAUCCCUAUGGGAUCCUCGCCGGAGCAGAGUGGCCGUGGUGCAGCAGAGCCGUUCCUGGGGGGCGUCCCGGAACAACCUUCAGCAGAAACAUCGCAGCAGAGUGUUCCAGAACCUCCAUCUACUCCUACUCCUAGAACCAGGUCUGGGAGGGCUGUGGUGAGACCAACUAGGUUGGACCUAUAAUUUUGUUUCCUAUAGACAUUACAGAGACUCUAAUGAAAAAAAAAAAGAAUGUUACUGUAUGUGGUAAAAGACAGAAAAGUGCAAUUGGAGUGUUUUGGAUAUGUUUUCUUGUACUGUAAAUGUUCAAGUCAGUUGCAGGGCUUAGGUUGAGGACAGUACAGGAUUAGUAUAGGAUGGAUGUUUGAGUAUUGAUGUGAAGUGGAUUGUUCUAAGGGUAAAAUAUGUGUGUGUGUUUGAUUGUCUGGUACAGGCUCAUAUAGGAGCAGACCUUCCAACCACGAGGCAGAAUAAUCCUCAAGGUCUGUUGAAUCAAUGGUGGUCUACCCAUUGAUUCUAGAAAGGGGAGAUGUGGUGUGAUUGUAUUAUGGGAGAACUACAGAGUCGACAGGCUAUGACGUCACGGGGUGCGACGGAGCGGGAGACAGUGUGGGAGUGAGUCAGAGAGGACACUUGUUGUGAUUGAG